UCAUUUCCACAUAGUAUAAUUUGAUUACACUCUAUCUAUCCACAACCAGCAAACACACACCCCUCCUCCAAUGGCGCUUUUGCAAUCCUCUGCUUCUUCAUUUAUCUCUCAAUUUCCGGCGGUAACAUCCGUACGCUUAUCUCCGCCGUUCGGCAACCGCCACGGCGGAUUAUCGGUGAAGGCGGAAGCGGCGGCAGGGAUAGUGCUGGUGGAGAAAUCGGAAGCGGAUAAGGUUAAUCGCCUCAAAACAGCGUACCAGGAGAAAAUUGUUCCAUUGCUCAAAGAAGAGUUCAAUUACACUAAUCUUCAUCAGGUCCCGAAGGUUGAAAAAAUUGUGGUGAACUGUGGUAUUGGAGAUGCUGCACAGAAUAGCAAAGGUCUCGAUGCCGCAAUAAAUGACAUGGCGCUCAUCACAGGACAACGGCCUGUAAAAACAAAAGCAAAGAAUGCCAUUGCUACUUUUAAAAUCAGAGAAAAUCAAACGCUUGGAAUCGCCGUCACCCUUAGAGGAAAUGUGAUGUAUGCAUUUCUCGACCGAUUCAUUAACUUGGGUCUUCCUAGAACCCGUGAUUUCCAAGGGGUGAGUCCGAACAGCUUUGACGGGCAUGGUAACUACAGUGUCGGACUAAAGGAACAAAGUGUGUUCCCAGAACUAAGUUACGAUGCCCUUGGGAAACCACGAGGAAUGGAUGUCUGUAUAACCACAACAGCUCAAACCGAUAAAGAAGCUUACAAACUUUUAGCUUUAAUGGGAAUGCCGUUCCGUGAAGGCGCCGGGCCCACCGGCACCAUCGUUAGGAAGAAGAAGUUGAAAUCUCACCAUUUCAACACCAAAACCAAGCAAAAGUCACGAAGAUGAUCGCAUGAUGCGUGUUUUGGUUAAUUUUCUUGGUAUCGGAAGUUACGUUGUGUAGAUGUACCAUGCUACUAUAAACAUGUACUUUUGUCUUAAUUAGUAACUUAUAAUGCAAUGCAUAUUUAAGUCACAUACUUUAAA